AUGCCAGUGUGCACGAUUUUAAAUUUGUCUUACCAAGAGAAUCGAUUACCUUCUUCUUGGAAAUUGGCCGACGUUACCCCCCUUCUGAAACAGAAACCUGUACGAGUUAUUAAUAAAGACCUUAGACCUAUUUCAUUAACACCAAUAAUUUCGAAACUAGCUGAAGAAGUGGUGGUCGCACAAUUUAUUAAACGCGCGAUCCAUAAAGUUGUGGACCCUAAGCAAUUUGGUACUGUGCCCAAGUCAUCAACCACACAUGUCCUUAUUAGUAUAGUACACAUCGUUUCUAAAGCAACUGACGGUAAUGGUGCCCUAGUUAGAUUGGUUCUACUAGAUUUCAAGAAAGGUUUUGACCAUAUUGACCAUCAAUUGCUCGUAAUGAAACUUAAUUCAUUAGAUAUUCCUCCCAGUAUUAUCAAUUGCGUGAGAGAUUUCCUGACUGACCGUCAACAAAGAGUAAAGUUAUCAUCAGACAGUUUUUCAGAAUGGGCCACUGUCCCAGCAGUAGUACUCCAGGGAACCAAACUUGGACCCUGGUUGUAUCUCCUCAUGAUCAAUGAUCUUAAG